CGUUUCUCUUCGUUACUAGACGUUGGCGUGUUCGUUUCGCUUUGUGUAUCAGCUUCUAGAUCGGUGCCGACCGACCUCGUCGCGUAACGCGAAGUUUUAUUAUUUGUAUUGAUAAACGGCUAUCGAUUUUUGUGUCUCUUUUUAAUCAAGUAUGUCGGGCCCUGACGUUGCGGGUGUUAAACCUGAAAUAGUCCCUAAUAAUGUCGCUCCAGAAAAUACAAAUGAUAUUCCAAGGAACCAAAGUGGAGGCGGUGGAGGUGGACGUGGCGGUGGUGCUGGAGGCCCAAGGGGACGAAAAGGAUCACGAUUUUCUGGUGGACGAGGUGGUGGAGGUCCUGGACUAAGAAAUGACGUACAGGUAAAGAUGAAUGACUCAUUGGACGUCGGUUUGGACGUAGCAAUGUCAGACAUGAGCGGACGUGGAGGUCCGGGUCGUGGUGGUCGAGGUGGUCGUGGCGGUGGUGAUCGGGGAGGAAUGGGAGGCAGAUCUCAAGAUGAUCGGCUCAUGGAACGUAUCUUAAAUUUAACUGGACCCACCCAUGAAUUACCAUCUCAAGAUACCACAGAAAAAAAAUUCAGCGGUAGGAAUAGACUGUACAUUGGUAAUCUUACCAAUGAUGUAACAGAAGAAGAAUUGCAAACUAUGUUCCGUGCAUAUGGUGAAGUUUCCGAAAUGUUUGUCAACAAUGAAAAGAACUUCGCAUUUCUGAGAAUGGAUUUCCGUGCAAAUGCCGAAAAAGCAAAACACGAAUUAGAUGGUUCAAUGCGAAAAGGUCGAGCCUUAAAAGUACGUUUUGCCCCACAUUCAUCCGCGAUAAAAGUAAAGAAUCUCACUCCAUGGGUAUCUAACGAGUUAUUGGAACGAGCGUUUAGCGUAUUCGGUGAAAUUGAAAGAGCCACAGUUAUCGUUGACGACCGUGGCAGAAGUAUGGGAGAAGGCAUCGUAGAGUACUGCAGAAAACCAGGCGCACAAUUGGCUCUCAGAAAAUGUACCGAAGGAUGCUAUUUCCUCACCGCUUCCCUUCGACCCGUAGUCGUGGAGUUGUUCGAACAACACGACGAUAUUGACGGUUAUCCUGACAAAAAUUUACCGCGUAAAAAUCCGGAGUUUUAUAAAGCUCGUGAAUUCGGACCAAGGUUUGCUCAAAUUGGUAGUUUCGAACACGAAUACGGCACCAGAUGGAAACAGCUUCAUGAGCUCUACAAACAAAAGGAAGAAGCACUUAAGAGGGAAAUGGCAAUGGAAGAAGAGAAACUGGAGGCACAAAUGGAAUUUGCCAGAUACGAACACGAAACUGAACUUCUGCGUGAACAGCUCCGUAUGCGUGAAGCUGACAGAGAAAGACAAAAGCGGGAAUGGGAAAUGAAAGAGAGACAGGCUGAAGAACAGAGAACGAGAGAAGAAGAACUCCGAAGAAGACAGCAAGAAGAAAUGGCCAUGCGUAUCAGAAGGCAGGAAGAAGAAUUACACAGACGACAACAAGAGAACAAUCUCUUCAUGCAGGAACAAGCAAUUCGUGGUGGCGGCGGUGGGGUAGGAGGAGGAGUUGGCGGAGGUGGUGGUAGCGGAGGUGGUAGCAUAGGUGCUGGCAAGAAUUAUGAUGGCAUUAAUGCAAACGACCGCGAUGGAUUUGGCCAACCAGAUGGAGGGAACAACUUGCCAGUGGAUCCGAAGUCUUUCUUAGACGCAUAUAAUAACAUGGACCGUGGUGGUCGUGGCGGAGGUGGAGGAGGUGGUUAUAACGAUGAUCGUGGUCAGUUAAUGGAAUUAAUGGAUAUGAGGGUUGAUAUGGGAAAUAUGGGUAACAUCGGUAACAAUCGGGGAGGUAAUGUUGGCGGUGGCAACGGUCGCUGGCAAGGAAACAACGACCGUGGUCGACAGGACGAUUAUCCGAACAAGCGAAGACGAUACUAAACAUCCAAAUUUGGAUAGCAUAACUAAAUGCCAGAAACCACACCAUCUCUUCUGAGAUUGAGACGAAAAGAAAAGAAAAAAAAAAAAAGUUUGUUGCCUCGACUCAAUAGUUACGGCUGAUCAUUCUUCUUUUUUCUUUUUCCUUUUUUUUUUGCACACUUCCUACGACGUCUACCUUCGCACAAUUUCUGUGUGUUAUCUGCACGACAGUGAUGUCAAAUGCGAUAAUGAAUAUUUUUAAGAUAAAGAAAAACAAAAAGGGAGAAAGGAGGUGUUCGUUUACUAAAAUUUCAAGAUUUUUAGAAACAUUCGCAAGUCCGAGACGAAGGAAAAAUUGAAGUAUUGUAACGUUGUUACAUUUCUAGGGAAGAAACGAAACGAAACUAAAAAAAAAUCUUAACCAAAUCGCGUAUGCUGGUCUUUUUUGACUGUGUAAAAAAACUUUUAAACGCAUAUGUAUUCGGGGCGGGGUGGGGGGAAGUUUUCGCACUACAGUUUAAUUAGCAUAAAUUGAUUUGACUACUCCGCGAUGACGUUUGAACCUGCAAAUGUUAAUACAAAGAAGAAGAUAAAAAACUAUUAUUGUGUUCAUCAAAUUUUGCUGUUACUUUUAUUCGUCGGCUCAUCCGGAUGACGUUAGUUUUUAACUGGAAAUGCACGUCGUUAUUUCAUAUGACCAAAAGGAAUAAAACAAUCAAGAACGACUAAAUAAACAUUUCAUCUAGUUAAUUAUGAAAAUAAUCGAUAAUAAUCACUGUCCAUUUUGAAAUCUGCCGCUUGGUGACGUUCAGGUGGAAUAUUUGAAUGACUUUUUAGUAACCAAAUAUCGUAUUUUUGUACUUGCAACCAGUUACAAUUCAUGAAACAACUAUAAAUAUACACACAAGAACGGAAUGAAAAAUAUAUAUAUCUAUAUAUUUCGUUCUGUUCUUUUUGACUUAUCGCAGCGUUCGAUGAGAAUUUUUUUCUUUUCAAUAUACAUGUUAAUUGUGUAUUUAUCGAAAGAAACUCGGUGCAGUUUUUCAUUGAAUUUCGAACGUUUUUGACCAGCGAUAUAAUUAAAUGCUUCUUAUACCGCGAAAAUACUACGCUGUACUUUAUUACUAGUAAUACUAAUAAUAGUAAUAGUAUUAAUGAUUAUAAUGAUAAUGUAUAACUGGAGGUAUUAACUUUUGACUGAACUGAAUAUUAUAUACUUGAUAAUACGAUAAAGUGCGGGAAAAAAAUCGAUACGGAAUAUCGUGAAUGGAAUAUCAAAGAUAAUUUGGAUAUGUAGUAUAGUUUAGAUUUUUUUCUCAUUAUCAAUAGGUCUCGAUUGCGAUUAUUAUUAUUAUUCUUGUUCUUACUAAUUUCCUCUUUCUCUUCUUUUGUAUGUAUAAAUUAAUCCACUGAUAUUAUUUAUAAGCAUCUUAUUGAAACACUCGUCAUAUCAUUUUCAUCUCACACCAUUCGAAAUAUAACCCAUAUAACUGCUGAAAAUAUGAAUAUUUCAUCGUCGAUUAUGUAGCUUUUUUUUUUUCUUUUAAAGAAAAGUUAAAUCAUUUGAAUGAUGAUAAUAAUAAUAAUAAUAAUUGAAUAGAACAAAAAUUGAUAUCACACGAAGCUGGAAGACGUUUUUCGAGAAAAAUUUGGUCGAAUAUUUAGAACCGAUUUCAAAAAUAAACGAUCUCUUCGAAAUAGAUCUUUUUCACUUGUCUGUUUAAGAAUAUAAGUUUAUGAAUAAAGAUUUAAAUGUAAGUCAAAAGAAGGAAAAAAAAUCUAUUACAAACGAAAAAUCGCUGUUGAUAUUUCUUUUCAGCUAACGGAAUUUACAUUCGCUCUAGAAAAAAAAAUUUGCGCUAAUUUUCAAUCAAACUCGCGUAACGAUUUCAGGUUAAAUGGAACUUUUUCAGGCUAUUUAUACGCCUCAUAAAAUGUCUAUGAAAUUUCACCUAGUUCAUUAACGUUUUUUAUAUCUAUUAGUUUCUGAAUUUAGAAAAGCUAGAAAAUACAGAAAAUUCUGUUUCAUCUGAAAACGUAUCGCGUUGUUUUCUCAGUUAACAAGAAUAAAUAAAAGAAAAAAAAUAUAUUUUCUAUCGCCAGUUAUAACUCUUCACUGAUUGUAAGGGUUUAGACUCGAAAAAAAACUUCUGAAAAUUAUCUGGUUCCGACAAGUCUCGUGAAAAAUAUCGCUAAGAAUAUUUAACCAGGAAGAAGAGACGAUGUUCGUAGUCUUCGACGUUGACCCUGAGUUCUUUUUUUAAACUCCGAAAAAAGAUUGAACUUUUGCUAUGGAAGCUCAUAACGAAGCUUUUUUAGCAAAUAAUAAAACGCCUCGUGAACUUCGCAUAGAAAUUCUACGAUCGAGAAAUAUCAUGUGUCCGUGAAGUGGUAAAGUUUACAUUAAAUUUCUAUUUAAUUAAUCAUUUACAUCAUCGAAUCAAUUUAUCCUCCAAAUUUAUGUACAUUUUUUACCCACACAAUGAACACUACACCUUCAAAUCCAUUCCCAAAUCGUUUGAUUUUUUUCAACUCUUUUUUUUUUCUCCCAAGAUUUAUUAUUUUCGUCGUGCACAAAAAAAAAUUCCCAAGUACAUAUCAAUUCAUAUCAAUCGAACAAUUUGAUAUUAAAAGAACUUACCCUUGUAAUAAUUUUUCACAUUAUUAUUUUUUUUUUUUUCUUCUCCUAUUCUCUUCACCAUUAACUCGGUAUAGAGGCACAAAUUAGUGAUGACUGAAAAAAAGAGAAAGAAAGAAAGAAAGGAAAGGAUCGAUGACCAGGAAGAUGCAGAAGAUACUGCGUGCUAUAAUUGGAAAAAUAUUUCCUAUAUUCUGAACUGUGGAAGUUUCAUCGAUUUUCUUUGGCCCCCCCUCGUCCGUGACUUCUGUGCCCAGACACCUAUGUUUACAGUUUCAACAUAAUUAUGCGAUCGCAAUUGGUUGAUCGCGGCAGUGUUCUUUAGCGGAGGAGAGACUGCACAAUCGCAAGAUAGGCUCUUACUAUGUUGAAUGAACUAUACAUUGACCACUAUAAAUAAGAUUCUUGCGGUAGGCGGAUGAUGACUCUAUACGGAGACUGAUUGACAUCAGGAAUCUAUCCACCGCACAUUGGUCUGUUGGAGCAGGCGAUGACGUUUGAUUCUCCACGAAUGCGGAAAAAAAAAUAGAGAACACUUCUAGGGCAGUAUGAAGCUGGCCUUGGAGGCAAUAAAUCGAUAAAAUAGGAUUUCGAGGAUAACGUGUAACGAGAACAAUAAGUUCUUCGAUGUUAUAAUCAGUCGUUGAAUGGACCGGAAAGGAAAGAGAGCCAUCGAAUUUUUCCUGUGCGCGGGCAUCUUUCUCUCAGCUCAGGAGGACGACGAAAUCCACAUUUUUUGUAAACUUAACGCAAUGCAAUGAAUAAAUAAAUGGAUAUCAGAAUA